UCAUUCUUCCCGCACUACGGCCAAGGAGCUAUCAAGGAUAUAGCCAUACGUAUAACUCUAGCUCAUAUCAAGCUCAAGUCUAUGAUCUUUCCAUUCCGUUUCCCUCGUCGUUCUACUUCGUACCGUGUACUCUUUCCCCCUUUCCAUCACCAAACCUCCGUGUUGGCAGGCUAGUCCUUCCGUCUCCCAAGUAUACGGGCCAUUCCAGCCGACUGAUUGGCCCAAACACUUUGACCAGUCACCUCAUCAGGAUAGCCCAGACGGUCGGUAUUGGCGAUGGGGAAUACGCAGAGAUGCUUCUCAUCACAGCUAUGGCAGGGAAAUAGCAGUGCUGCGCUGUUAGACACACUUGCCAACCAACACCAUACGCCUAAUACCCUUCCAAACAGCUAAAGUCCCCCUCUAACAGCCCAGCCUAUGAAGAGCAGAGAACCCUAGCUCGCGGAAACCAAGGUUGGAGAUGAUGAUCGCCAUCGGUAUCAUCCACUCUCCGUACACUCGUCCAACGGCCUCGCCAAUCGCUAAAUCAUCAAAUGUACACAUCUCGCCUUCGAAAUCUCUUUUCCCACCUAUUCUUCGAUCUUUCCAUCAUUUCUUUUGUUUGCAAUCCUUUUACCAAAGAACUACUAUCAGUCAAGUAGUGGAGGGCAUAGUGUUCCUCUCAUCUCCGUCUCUUUUCUUUAUUUAUUUUUCGGGGAUUACCCUUCGGGCGGUCUCGACCCAACCAUCCGAACGGUCCAGAGUGUAAGUUGCUCCUCCAACUUUCCCGCGUCCAGAUUACCCCUGAACCCUCUCUGAACUGCCGAAUUACGCCCUCUUCCCUGAGACUCCUCGGGCACAUUGCGACUUUUUCACUCUUCCUGUCCCGUUUCGUUCUUUUCUUUUCCCCGUCGCUUGAUUCUCUCGUUCAAUUGUCCGUGGUUGAUCUCUCCCACACCCUUGCACACUCGUUUCCUCUUCCGAGCACAGACCGAUUCCAGACCAGGGAAUCCUUUCGCGUUUUGGCCUGAGCCUGCUCCCGGGCUGCAGGACAUCCCGGCCUGGCUGUUUGUUUUUUUUUUCUCCAUUUCUCCUUCCUUUGAGCUUCUGGUCAUUUCGUUAUCUAAAGGCCUAAGGCCCAAAAAAAAAAUAUCCGAAGCUCUAGCGGUCGCGCGCAUCCGCCUCAGUCAACAUGCCGGCCUUUUUCUCGCGAGUCUUUCGCAACAAGGACGCCAAUGCUUCCAAGAAGCAGUCCAAAUCCUCCGCUGCCACCGAUUUGAUCCCCGCGAAACCCAAAUGGAAAGAUGCCUGGCUACGGACAGAGGUCGCCCCCGAGGAGGUGCAGGACCUCAUUCGAGGCUGUGCGCAUGAGUUGAAAGCUCGAGCUCUGGAUACCCCAUUCCUCCUCCUGCCAUUCCGUCCGAGUUCCGAUCCUAGCGCUGCCCGCACGUUUAUUCGAAACUAUUUCAACCAGUCGUUCGACAAGGGAGCCCCCGUCAGUGGAGAUGAGUUGAUGCAGGAGCUGCGGCUUACGGAGCCGAUGGUCUUGUGCAGUGUGAUGAAAUGGUGCUGGAGCCGAUUGGCCGGCGGCGUGGUUACAUGGGAGGCGUAUGAACUGUUCAAGGUCGGCGAGCAAGAUUCGGAUUUGGCCCGUGAUGCAUUCUCCACGUUUAUCCCCAUCAGUGUCGACUCCGAUGCCCGUACCAAGAUUAUCUUCGACUUCUUCGAUCUUUUGGCGGCCAUUGCUGCCCACGGCAAAUCAAACGGCCUGGGAGGCCGUAAGCUCUCUCGAUAUGCUGGAUGGUGGGCUUUCGAGCACAACGACACUGGCAAUGGCUUCGAGGCCUCCUAUAAGAACUGGGCUGCUGCUGCCGAUGCCACAAGCCACUUGUUCUUCGCCUAUCUUCGCUCCCUCUCACCUGAUAUGCCUCGCGGCGUGACUGGUAUUUCAUCACUGCCGCUUUCCCUUCAGACUAUGGUGGAGGCUACCGAAUAUCCUCCCGAAACCCCGACUCUGCUGCAGGUUACCACCACCAAAGUUGUUAUGAUCGUCGAUACAGUUUCGCCUACGCCUUUCGCUCUGCUACGCCGAGCAAAGAACUUUGAGUACCGCGAUGACCACUGGCAUUUGCAAGAGUUUGCCAACUACGAAGACCCCGUCAAGGCCCUGACGGAUGAAUGUUUGCGUGUGCUGAAAUGUAUUUCUUCUACAAAUGGGUCUAGCGUGUCGAGCUCGAAACAAUCCACCAGCUUGCGUGAUGCCUCGUGGUCUCGCUUUGAAGAUAUUGGUUUUGGCGGUUCCAUUGAGUCGGACCAGGAGGAUGAAGAGAACAGACCCUCGGUGUCGAAGAUCGAGCCGCUCAGCGGUAUGCGAACCGCUCCACAGUCGCAAGGCGGAGACUUUGGUCGUCCCACGACUCCAUCCUGGGCCGAUUUUAUGUCGUCUGGCUUCACGGAUGAGGCAACCCUCAAGGACCGAGUUGGCCCCCUUCUUUUGCCGCCAGACAAGGUCCUUCCGCCAAUUGCGGCCACCCGUGGCCAGAGCUCGCAGUCGCACAGGCGCAAUUUGAAUACCGAGCCCUCUCUUGAGCCAGCUGAGCUGGCCAGCAUCAGCACUCUUGAGAUGGACGACUCCUUCUGGUGGGUCUGGAUUACUAGUCUCUCUGGGGACGAGCCCGGCGCUCGCAAGGCUGUGUUUGGUCGUUGCGCUCUCCUCGAGACUCGCAUUCGUGACACCAAGUGGCUCGUCCUGGAGGAGCAGAUCAAGGGUGCCGCUCCUGAGCCCGACGCUGGUGCCCAGAUUGUCGAGAAGAAGCGCUUUUUCAGCUUCGGCAGCCGCAAGGGUGCUGGCAAGUUGAGCCGCAGCAAGUCAUCAGCUAAGAAGAUCUCUUCCUCCAUCGAAGAAUCGUACCAGCGACCCAACAACCUGGCUCAACAGAGCAAGACCAGCAUUGGCCCCGACCAGCACAAGAGGAUCCAGGCCGCUGCUGCCGCUCUCCAGAAGAAGCAUCGUGAGCAGGAGGCCGAGGCGAACCAGGCCCGAAAUGGCCCCACCGAUGACACUCGUUCAAGCAAGACCAACUCCGUUAUGACGCUGCAGCCUGCUAUCGUGAACGAGGCCUCCUCGGCCAUGAAGUGGGCUAGCAACUAUGACAAGAAUGCCUUCCGUACUGCCUAUUUGAGUAACAGCCGCGCUGGCACCGGCGCUGUGAGCGAGGGCGCCAAUGGCGAGAGCAAUGGCACUCAUGCUGAGCGGCCUAUCACUCCUCCCGCUCCUCUCCCGACCAGCACUGCUAAGAAUGGCCCUGCCCCGCCCCCGAAGGACACCGGUGCUUUGGUCACGCCUCUUCCGCCUUCCCCCGAACCCGCUCAGCAGGAGCUUGCUAAGGAGCCCAUCGCCGAUGAGAAGAAGAAGGGCGUUGCCAAGACUGUGGUUAUCGAGGACCCUGCCGAGUCUCAGCCCAAGCAAUCGAUUGACGAGAGUGGCAAGAAGCUCAAGAAGAAGACUGGUAAUGCCGGCUUCAAGAACAUGUUUGGCGGCAAGAAGAAGACCGAGCAGCAGCAACCGCCCAUGAAGAGCACUGGUGCCAAGGAGACUUCCGCGGUGGCCGCCGCUCGUGCUGCCCUCGAGGCCAAGGCUAAGGAGUCCCAGGACCCUGUCGCCCGAUCCUCUCCCGCCAAGCCCAUUGCCAUCAAGAAGAAGCCUAUUCCUGCUGCCGCGGCCGAGGCCACUCCCGCCCCCGUCCCAGCUGCAGCCCCAGAGGCUGAGGCUGAGAAACCCUCGACUCCUCAGCAGAACCCCGAGCCCGCUCAUGAGGAGCCUCGAGUGCCCUCCCAAGUGAUCCAGGGCAGCGGCAGUCCCCCCAAGACCCGCCGCGCCGUUGAGUACGACGCCCUCUCCCGCGUCGACACCAACGAGGCCAAUGCCGCCGAUCAGGAAUUCUCCAAGUUCGACCAGGGUCCUCUCGUUGACCAGCCCGCCUUUGUCCCCGAGGACUCUCCCGUGGAGGAGGCGCAUCCCAAAGAAGACGUGCUCCCCAAGUCGCCAACCAACGGCAACGGUCACAGCCACGAUGUGAAGCCCGCGGUUGCGACCGAACCUCAGCCCGGACGUUUCACUAGCACAGAGGAUCGCUGGGCUCAGAUCCGCAAGAACGCCGCUGAACGCCGUGAGACUACCAGUGCUAACAGUGAUGAACCCGAGGUGCGGACCAGCCAGUCCGAGCGUACUGACGAAGGCGAUACUAGCGGCGAGGAGACCAUCGAGUCGCGUGUCGCCCGUAUCAGGGCCCGUGUUGCCGAAUUGACCGGUAACAUGGAGGGUGCGCGCUAAAAUGAAAAUUCCCAAAGGCCCGUCGACUGAAUCUCUGUCAUUUCUUUUUUGUCCUCUUCUCACUUGACCUUGUCUUGACUGUUGAAUAUCUCCCCUCGUCACUUGAUGUCGCAAGCCUUCUUUCUUUCUACCGUUCCUCGUUCCAGCAUGCCGCCCUUCUUUACGCUGUCAACCCUGUUUCUUCGUGUUUGCCUACUUGGGUCCUGGAGAUAAUCCUCCUCGCAUGCCUGAUUUGAUGCUCUUCUUCACCCAGGGCCCUCUGGAAUGUGGCAUCCUCGCUCUUUUACCAAGAGAAUAUACGAACCGAGAGCGAAGAACCACAGCGACGAAACGCCGCGAUACGAAUAACGGAUUCUUUUAUUGGUUAUGCUAUUUACCCUCGCAAUACCUAUUUUCUACUCUUCUUUUCUACACCUUCAAUUCGUGCCUGGGCUUGACCUAAUACUCUGCGCGAGUUUCAUUUGAUAUUCACACAGCGUCCAGACCGUGUUUGGAUCAAGGUAUCCGGUUUCCUUGAACCCCUAUUCUUCCUAUUCCUUUCCCCCUCUAUUGUCUAUUGUCAACCUCUAUCUGAACUCCCAUCUAUGCCGACUUGGGCAUCUCUUUCUUAUCUACUACCCAUCUACUGCUACCUCCUUCUACUUCUGCUUUGUGUUUCAUGUUUUGUCUUUGUUCUUUGCUCUAUUCCCCUUUUCGCUAUUGGGUUCCCUUAUACCGGUGAAGUUUGCUACAUCAAUAUGAUUGGAUUGAAGUAGAUGGUUUUUGUGGUUUGAAAUGUAGGCUUUGGAGAGAUUCGUAGUUAAUUAAACUUUCGUUGCUUGAGGGGCGUAGGUAGGAUCAUAGGCUACUUCCGACAGUCAUUCUAUCAUAGCACUAAGCACAUCUCAACCCCUCCCACCAAUCUCAUGCCCCUCGAACACCUCCCUCUAAAGCCCCAAAGCCUUCAAAAUUGCCUCCCCAACCCCCGUUGCACUCGCCGGAUUCUGCCCCGUAAUCAAAACGCCCCCAGCACCCGCCGUCUUCGACACAACAACCUUCACCCCCCAAGGCUCCGCAGCCUUGACAUACCCACCCUCCGAAACCUUCUGCAACUCCGUCUCCAGCAUAAACGGCAUCGCAGCCGAGAGUUGGACCUGGUCUUCUUCCUCGUUGGAGAAGCCCGUUACGGUGGCGCCGGAGAGGAGGGGCACGCCGUUGGGGGCCACCGCGUUCAGGAACACGCAGGGACCGUGGCAGACGGCCGCAACGGGUUUCUUGGCAGCGGCGAAAGUUUGGAUUAGAGAUAUGGAGGUUGGAUCUGUCGUAAGAUCGAACAUUGCUGCAUAAACAAUCAUAGAUUAGAUUUUUUUGGGGGUUCUUGUUGGAUUGGAGGUGGAGACUGGAGGAUGUGGCAGUUGUUUUGGUGGGAGGGGGAGGAGGGGGAGGACGUACGGCCAUGACCACCGACGUAGAACAAAGCGUCGAAUUCAUCGGCGCGAGCGAGGACGUCGGACAGUUUGUGGGUGUUUGUCCAGAGGGCCUUUUGCUCCGAGAGGAACUCUGUCGAUGUCGCGUCGGACUUGAACAUUUCCACCGAGGCGGGGUCUAGAGGGGCUUCGCCGCCCUUGGGCGAGGCGAUGGUCAGAGAGACCUUGUUGUGGAGGACCUCAUGGGGAUGAGCGAAUUCAGGC